UUUAGGCGCGAAUAUACGAUGUGAGUAGGCAUAUGCUGCCUGUUGGCAUCAUGCACCGUUUAUAAGGACUGCGAAAGAAGUGGAUAGCUACAUUGCAAGGCCAACUAAGCGUUUUACGUAUUUAAGGAUUUGACCAAAUACUGCCAUUGUUUUUAACUAAACUCAAAUACACCCGGGUAAACAUCUUGUAUCGUCAGCCGUGUUUGUCAACAAAUGGACUCACUGAUGUUAUGAAUCGUACUGAAAUUGCGCCUCGUUUUGGUGCGCUACCUGGCUUCUAUGCUAACGACGGUCGAAAAUAGUAAGCAAUAGUUAGUUGUGCAGCCGGCGUUGGUUAUUUUUGUGACUAGUCGUAUUAUUAUAUGCGAACGUAAGCGUCAAACAUGAGCGCACUUCAAACUGACCCUGUCACGAAUGGAGCGUGCGGUGUUGCUCAGAGCACCUCCUCUAAAAAGAAGAAAACUAAGAAGACAAAAGAUGACGACGUGGAAACACUUACAGAGAUGGUUGAACAGCUGCAGGUUGACGCGGGGGCAGAAGGAGAUGGCGAAGAUGCUGAGGAUAUUGAAGCUGGGGAAGAUAACAAGCUAAAUGCAGCCGACAAGAAAAAAAAGAAGCGUAACCGCAAGAGAAAAACUGCCGUUGGCAGCGGAGUUAGUGGCAGUGGUAGUGGCUCGGCAGAAACAAAAACACAAACCGAACCACCCACGAUACCCGUGAAGGAGCUCUAUCCUAACGAGGAUUAUCCAACGGGCGAAUGUCUUAUGCACCCGACGCCAAAGGACAUGCCGAGUAAUGGCCAAACCGCGAAGAAUCGUUUCACGUCUGAGGAGAAGAAAGCUCUUGAGUUAAUAAACGAACAGGAAUAUCGUGAAAUUCGACUGGCUGCCGAGGUGCAUAGACAAACCCGGCAGUAUAUGCAGCGUUACGUAAAACCAGGUAUGUCAAUGAUACACAUUUGUGAAACCUUAGAACACACAGCCCGAGAACUCAUCCAAGAGAACUCACUGAAAGCUGGUCUUGCCUUCCCAACUGGCUGUUCGUUGAAUCAUGUUGCGGCGCAUUAUACGCCAAAUGCUGGUGAUGCAACCGUGUUUAAUGCAUUGGACGUGUGCAAGAUCGACUUUGGUACCCAUAUCAAUGGGCGAAUUAUCGACUGCGCUUUCACGUGGACGUUUGACAACAAGUACGACCGACUCCUUGAGGCUGUUAGGGAGGCAACAUAUGCCGGCAUAGCGGCUGCUGGAAUUGACGUCCGUCUUUGCGAUAUUGGCGCAGCGGUACAAGAAGUGAUGGAGAGCUACGAAGUGGAGAUCGAUGGAAAAAUCUACCCCGUCAAGUGUAUCCGCAAUCUCAAUGGUCAUUCGAUUGCACCAUACCGCAUUCAUGCCGGAAAAACGGUGCCUAUCGUCAAAGGAGGCGAUCAAACUCGUAUGGAAGAAGGGGAGGUAUUUGCUAUUGAGACUUUUGGGUCAACGGGACGCGGUGUUGUGCAUGAUGAUAUGGAAGUAUCCCACUAUAUGAAGAACUUUGACGUUGGACAUGUUCCUCUGCGUCUCAGCUCAUCGAAACAACUUCUGAACGUGAUCAAUGACAACUUCUCGACAUUAGCCUUCUGCCGGCGUUGGCUUGAUCGAUUGGGCCAAACCAAGUACCUGAUGGCCCUCAAAGAUCUUUGCGAUAAGGGCAUUAUCGAUCCAUAUCCGCCACUCUGCGACGUUAAAGGAUGCUAUACAGCCCAGUAUGAGCACACUAUUAUUUUGCGACCGACUUGCAAGGAAGUCGUUUCGAAAGGAACGGACUAUUAGGCAAACUGGCUAACCGAUUCUGUCCGGUUGCUGUUUGAUUACUGACUCAUUGCUUAGUCGUCUAGCGAUACUAACUAAAUGUUAAAUAAAGAUAUA